CCCUGCUCCCACCUCCUCCUGCAGCCCUUCCCCGCUGCUCAUCGAUAAGCUGUAUUAGCCCAUCGCUAAUCAUACCGCGAGCGGCGGAGAGCUGGAAGAGCUGCGAGUGGCAGGCGGGCGGGCUUUGCGCUCAUCAUCUCUGUGUGGGUGGGUUUGCGAGUUAGCAGCUAGUGAGGGAGGAGGGGUGUAUCCUAGCUGGGAGCUUUUCCCUGUUGUAGUAACCAGGCACACGCCGACUGCCAGCUAUUACUUCACUGCAGCAGGAGUCGGCCCCUUCGCACUGAGUGAGCCAGACACACUAACCUGACCGUCCCCUCCUCUCUCUGCUCUCCCCUCUGCACAUUCAGCAGAGCUGCCCUCCUCUCCUCCUCAUCAUCACUGUGCCACUCCUGCGGCGCUCUUCUUUGCUUGAAGGGGACGUUGGCCUGCUCCUCACCCACUGGUUCUGCAUGACUGUCACAAAGAUGUCAUGGCGUCCGACCUACCGAAGCUCCAAGUUUCGAAAUGUUUAUGGCAAAGUAGCUAACCGGGAGCACUGCUUUGACGGCAUCCCCAUCACCAAGAACGUCCACGACAACCACUUCUGUGCCGUCAACUCCAAGUUUCUGGCAGUCGUCACGGAAAGCGCCGGCGGCGGCUCUUUCAUCAUCAUUCCCUUGUCCCAGGCUGGCCGUCUGGACUCUCAUUACCCGAAGGUGUGUGGCCACCAGGGCAAUGUGCUGGACAUCAAGUGGAAUCCGUUUUUUGAAAACGUCGUAGCCUCCUGCUCUGAGGACACCUCGGUUCGAGUAUGGGAGAUCCCAGAAGGCGGUUUGAGGCGCAACAUGACGGAGGCGGUCCUGGAGCUGUACGGUCACAGCAGACGAGUGGGUCUGAUCGAGUGGCAUCCAACCAGCAGCGGCAUCCUCUUCAGCGCCGGCUACGACUAUAAGAUCCUCAUCUGGAAUCUGGAGACGGGAGAGCCGGUGAAAAUGAUCGACUGCCACACUGACGUCAUCCUGAGCAUGUCCUUUAAUACAGACGGCAGCCUGCUGGCCACCAGCUGCAAAGACAAGAAGCUGCGUGUCAUUGAGCCGCGCUCCGGGAGAGUCCUCCAGCAAGCCAGUUACAAGAACCACCGCGUGAACCGAGUGGUCUUCCUGGGGAACAUGAAGCGGCUGCUCACCACCGGGGUUUCUCGCUGGAACACCAGGCAGAUUGCUUUCUGGGAUCAGGAAGAUUUGUCCAUGCCCAUUGUGGAGGAGGACAUAGACGGCCUCUCGGGACUGUUGUUCCCCUUCUACGACGCGGACACACACAUGCUGUACCUGGCAGGCAAGGGCGAUGGCAACAUACGUUACUUUGAAAUCACCACAGAGAAGCCGUACAUUCAGUAUCUGAUGGAGUUCCGCUCCCCAGCCCCACAGAAAGGACUGGGUGUGAUGCCAAAGCUCGGGCUGGACGUGGCGGCCUGCGAGGUGUACCGCUUCUACAAACUGGUCACCCUCAAGGGUUUGAUCGAACCCAUUUCUAUGAUUGUGCCAAGAAGAUCAGAUACAUACCAGGAGGACAUUUAUCCAAUGACAGCCGGGACCGAACCUGCCUUGUCCGCCAGCGAGUGGCUAAGUGGGAUUGAUAGAGACCCAGUGCUGAUGUCUCUGAAGGACGGUUACCACAGACCAAACCAGUUAGUUUUUAAAGCCCCAGUGAAGGAGAAGAAGAGUGUGGUGGUGAACGGGAUUGACCUACUGGAGAACGUCCCACCCAGGACAGAGAACGAGCUCCUACGGAUGUUUUUCCGGCAGCAGGACGAGCUGCGGCGGCUGAAGGAGGAGCUGACCACGAAGGACGUACGAAUACGCCAGUUGGAGCUGGAGCUCAACAACCUGAAAAACGUUAGCCCCAAAGACGUCUGACCUCCGAGCCUUGUGGACUGGCAAAGCUGCUUCCUUUGCUCCCCCCAACCCCCUCAUUCUGACCUCCAAAAAUAGCCUCCAAGUCCCACCAUGUUGCUUUUUUUAAAAGAACUUUCCUGCAUAGAGUACAAAUAAACUGUUGGAUAACGUCUUAACCGAUGCAAUUACUGGAUUCUUACAGUAGUAUUUAUUAUCAUUAUGAUGAAGAACAUGCAGUUCAGGGAUUUUCAGUUUAAAAUGUGAUCAAUUUGGGGGAAAAAAUACAUAGUACAUUUCCAGUUUUCUCUGAGGGGAUUGCUGUCCAUUCAGUCAGUAGUGCUAUCGUUUAUUUUUAACUUCGGCACAUAAGCGUUUGUGUUACUCUCCUCGAUCUUUUCUUUGUGUGGAAAUGCCUUGUUAGAAAUGCAGAAAAAAAAAAAGCCCCCUCACCUAUCCUGCGUUUCUGACCAAAUCUCCCUCUUUCUCACUUUCUGUUAAACCAAAACAGGAUGAUAGAAAGCCUCCUACCCAUCCUCCCCCAGCCCCUGCAGUCUGCAGUAAGCUGCAGCAUUAUCCCCCGAAUAACAGAGGUGAAGUAGUUUCACACCUGUCAAGUGGAGAAGCAUUUUGCAGACAUGGAUCGUGUUGUUUUUUUGUUUUUUUGUUGUUGUUGUUGGGUUUUUUUCCCCCCUCAAAAAGCUGCUUAUCCUGUAACUGCUUUCUUUCACCUGCUGGUAUAAAAUGACUUCUCAACACUGACUCGUAGCGCCACAAAUCCCCGUCUUUUCCCGAGAAGAGUGGAUACUUAACUUAGGUUUUUGACUCUGUGUUCAAAUAGUGCAAAAGUAGAGAACACAGAUGGUAGACAUGUGUAACUACUCACAUUUAUCCUCCACUGAGGCUGCUUUGUAGUGGGCCAUUUUGAAGAUUUGAGGGCGACGAACAUUUGCUUCUAUUUAUUUGACACAUUUUAACUUUUUUAGCUGACAACUUGCCUACUUAUUAACCCAUUUUCUUUUUAUAAUUUUUUUUUGUGUAACACGGCAAAAGUGACAGUUUUGAUGCUCUCUAGAUAGUGCUGUAUGUAUGUGACCAAACCGAUGAAAAAACCUGUAUGGAGCAGCUAAUUAUACAACUGUAACUGGGGAUGCGUUUGCUUUUAGUUGUCAUUUUGCUUUAGUCACCUGUUUCCAAUUCACAUGUAACAGCAAACCUUGGCUACACUGCAGUUUAAGUGCCUGUAUUUAAUGGUUCAGACGGCCCUAAAUUACACUUGAUUAGCAGUAUUUUAACAGCUGGGUUUUCUAUGCAGGCUAAAUUCCAGCCAAGCUUUUGUUGUCUUUGAUUCUGCUUCCCGUAAAGCAAGGCAAAGAGAAAGGAAGGAUCCACCAGACGAAAGAGAAGAAAGUGUAACAGGUAGGUUUGGAGUUGAGGAGCACAUGCUUUGCUCAUCACGUCCUUGCAGAAACGUAGGAUGAAUCUUCGGGAAGUAUACUAGCGUCAUAUGGUGCCAUGUGUGUUUGCAGGUUUUGAAAAAAGGCUGCAUUAUGGUAGACAUCGGAAGGGGAGGCAGGAGGUUCUGAGUUGGCAGCCGAAUGGUAUUUGUGCUUUGAUAAUCUUAUCAAAUGCUUCGAACUUCUAGUUUUAACAAAUCAGUUAAAUGUUUGCAUUAUACCUCACCUCAGAUUUUGUAAACAAAACACUCAUCCUUCUGAUCAUAAACUUGAGUCUGUUUCAUCUAACUACUCGUUUAAAAAAUUCCCAAGCGAGGGACAGAUUAGAUUUUUUUUUUUUCUUCCCCUUCAAUUUGAUAUUCUAAUGUAGCCGGUUAAAAAAUUUACACAAAUGAUUGGGUUUAAUUGUAGGAUUUUACAGUGGCAGCAUAAAAAUUAUUUUGAUUUUGUCAUUCUAAAAAUGAUUCAACACCCAAAACUCUACAGAUUAUAUAUUUUCCUUAAGAUGAAGCUCAUUGUUGUGGGGGAAGUUUAUUCCCUCUUUAUACAAAGGAAAUAACACGACCCAAAUUGAACCAGAUUUUUGGACAUAUGUCCUCAAUUUUGAGUCCAGAUAAACUUCGUCUGACACGCCGAGAAAGUGGCUGCGAAAUAAUCCAAAACCAUGCCUCCUCCGCCUCCAUGCUUACCAGCUGGUGAAAGGUGUUUGUGCUGAAACUCCAUACUUUGUUUUUCAUCGUUACGGCUAAACAUAUUCCCUUUCAUCUCGGGUUUGUUUGCAUUUGGCGUGCCAGCUGAGGUCUGUAAAGUCUGAAUUGCAGCUCCUGGGAUUUUGCAGCUUUUUCUAAACAUUUUGUCAGAAUAAACUGGUACAUCCCCUUCUCUGGA